ACUUGUAUUCAAACUUAUUUUUCUUCAUCACUUUGGAUGGGAACAUUACUUUAGGAAGAGGAAGUCCUAAAUACAAUGCACAGGCGCAGUAACGAGAAAAUGAAGCGUUCUAACCAAGGAGAAAUUCGAAAGAGAUCUGCUCAUCGCAACGAUGUUCACAGCAGCCAAUCUCGUAUUGUUCCCAUCCUUAUCGAAGAUGAAGUUCUCAGCGGAAGAUACAAGUGUUCAAGAAAUGAAACUUAUGCCUUAGACCUCCUUGUUCGAGCCACGGUCGAAGUCAAACCAACGUCUAUAUCUGCAUGUACAAGAUUGCAAUCACCAACCAUAUACAGUGGACCAAGUCCAGGUAUAACAAAAUCUUCAAUUGAUCGAGUUCCGUCAGAAAAUUUUUCAGCAUCCUCUGCUUUGCCCAACAGAGACUUUUUUCCUGGAGUGUCUUCAUCAUCCUUACCGAACGGAAGACCAUUAUCGCCGCCUCCACAUCUACCCACAUUGAUCCCUUGUCAACCCGGCUGCGUGGCCACCAACUUGAUGCCGCUGGAAACGACUCUGCUUCCGAGAGAAAACGAAUUUCAGGAAAUUAAAAAAACUCGAUUGCUGGAAAGCAAUAUCGUUUGCCUUCGGCAACACCAAAGGAAGGCAGGGGCAACAGAAUUCACGGUCGUCUCAAAAAAGUGCAAGGUUUUAUCGAAUGACGACAUCGAAUGACGAUAUCAAAUGACGAUAUCAAAUGACAACCCAACAUGUCACAAACUAUCAAAACAAACCAAGACCAGUAACAACUAUGUACUUUUCUCUUAAAAUUCCCAUGUAUUACUAAUUUAAUGUCAACACU